GCUGGUUAUCUCAUUCCGAUAAGGUUCGACGGUAUAUAUAAAAAUGCUAGAGCACUAAAAAGCUUAUUUAUUACUCCAAAAUGAUUGUUAAAUUGUUACUAGUGCUCUUCUCUGCUGUGAUACUUACAGAACCACUUCAAUUCGAUGAGUUACCUGAUUCCUGUGAAAGUGACAUAUAUUGCAGAGGAAGAUUACUUCAUGAUGUUCAAAUGUCAAGAAUUUUUUCAGACUCUAAAACAUUUGUGGAUAAAACAAUGAAAUAUCCACCAAAUACAAUUGUUAAAAAGUACGAAGAGCUGAUAAAACAAUACGAAGGACGUGUUCCUCCACCAGCCGUUUUAAGAAAUUUCGUGACUGAAAAUUUCAAAGACGGUAGUGAACUAGAAUUAUGGGAACCACACGACUGGUCACAACAGCCUAACAUUCUUAACAGGAUCAAAGACGACAAUUUCAGAGAAUGGGCUUUUCAGUUAAACGCAAUUUGGAAAAACCUGAGUAGAAGAAUAACAGAAGAUGUUCACAAAAAUCCUGAACUUCAUUCACUAAUAUAUGUUCCAAACGGCUUCAUUAUUCCUGGAGGUCGGUUUAGGGAACUUUAUUAUUGGGAUACUUUCUGGAUCGUAAAUGGAUUGUUAAUUUGCCAAAUGACAGACACUGCUAGGGGAGUCAUAGAAAAUCUAUUAUAUUUAAUAAAAAAUGUGGGCCAUAUACCGAACGGUAACAGAGUAUAUUACACCCAAAGAACUCAGCCACCAAUGAUUACACAAAUGGUCAAUUCUUAUUUCCAGCAUACAAAAGACUUUUCUUUCAUUAAGAAAAAUAUUCAUCUGUUAGAUAUAGAGAUGGAUUACUGGCAGACAUCCAGAACAGUAGAAAUUAAUACGAAUGGAAAAACAUAUAAACUUUUUAGGUAUUUUGCUGUUUCUAAUGGGCCCAGGCCAGAAUCCUACAGAGAGGAUACAAUUACUAGUGAAUCAACGGGCUCAGAUCAAGCUGAAUUGUUCAUCGAUAUAAAAUCAGCUGCAGAAUCUGGAUGGGAUUUCUCGUCUAGGUGGUUUAUAGAAAAUGCCACUAACCAUGGAAACCUGUCUAGUAUUCACACUCAAAACAUUAUACCUGUAGAUUUGAAUGCUUUAUUACAUAAGAAUGCGAAAUUACUAACUAGCUGGUUUAGAAAAAUUGGAAAUCAAGAUAAAGCUAAAAAAUACCAAUUACUAUCAAAGCAGAUUAUGGAAGGAAUGACAGAGGUCCUUUGGAACGAUGAAGAAGGCAUCUGGUUGGACUACGAUAUUCUAAAUGAAAAACCAAGGAAUUACUUUUAUGUUUCAAACUUUGUACCUUUUUGGACGAAUUCCCAUACUUUUACUCCAACUCAAGCAGCUACAUUAGCUACAAAUUACAUAAAUAAAAUAAAAUUAGACCAGUACAUCGGAGGGACACCUUCAUCUCUAGAAUUCUCUGGAGAGCAGUGGGACUUCCCAAAUGCCUGGCCUCCUCUACAGGCUUUCUUUAUACAAGGAUUGGACAAUAUCGGAACGAAAAAAACUUCUGACUUGGCAUUACAUUAUGCCUUGAAGUAUGCCCAAUCAAAUUACAAAGGAUUUCAAGACUUUGGCCUUAUGUUUGAGAAGUAUGAUGCAUUGGUAAAAGGAAGGAGUGGAAGCGGUGGAGAAUAUGAAGGACAGAGUGGAUUUGGAUGGACAAAUGGUUUCAUAUUUGAACUCCUCGACAAGUGGGGAAUGGAAAUGACUUCUUAAUUUUUUUUUAAAUCAUGAGCAGAGAUAUAUACGCCGCUAUUCAUAUCGGUUCUAAGAUAUAGCUAAAAAAAAAUACAGAAUAAGUUAUUUGUAUCCAUUCGGCAAACAGAAUUAAUAGAAACUAAUUUAAACAUAGUUUAUAUUGUCUCGUUGGAAAAUAUAAAAUCACACAGCACAAUUUCAAAUCAAUCUUUGUAAUUAAUAAAUCAAAUAACAAUUUAAAAAAAUGUUCAAUACCACAAUAAAGAUUUUUUAAAAGACCUUGUUUUUUAUGCUAAUUUAUAGUAUGAUAUGUUAAAAGACCUCGUUUUUUAACAAGAUGAAUUUCAAAGCUUUGGAAAAAAAUAUAUAAAGCAGAAAAGAAAAAUCUUCGAAUAAAUAUCUUGAAAAUUGUUAAUUAGAUGUUAAAUUCAAUUAAACCUAAUUUCUUCGAAUGAAUUAUUAGUUCCUUUCUAUUUUUGAGAACUACUUCACGCAAUAUCCUCGAACAUUUUGUGGAUGAUAGGUACACAGAUGUUAGUAUAAAUAAUGCCAAGACCCAAGGACGUCGGAUGUCAUCAAAAACAAAUUGAAAGAAAUAAAUAAAAAAUUUUAGUCACCCUAAAAAAAAAUCUGGUGCGGUGCGCGCAUCAUACAACUUUCACUUACCACCCUCUUAGCAGAAAUAAGUAUUUUCAAACAAAGUAAUCGAAUGAAAUGAAAGUAAAAAUCAUACACUCUAUAUUUAUAUAUAUUUCAUUGUGUAUAUUUUUAUUUGUAUAAGUUUUGAUAUUCAUAUGGCUGUAAACUAUACAAUUAAAUAUUAAAUAAUAUUAACAAUAGCAUUUAUGAAAACCUACAUAUAUUUAUAUAAUAUUGUCGGAGUCCGUAUUAUAUUGAUCUCAUGAAACGUAUGGAAGUGUGUUCUUAUCGGGCCAGCUUGGGUGCUCUUGUAUUCCUUUGGUUCUUCAAUUACUACUAUUCUCCGUCACGAUCUCAUAUUUCUCCUUGAUUUAUUUAUCAAAUUCAUUCCUUUUUUUAUAUUUAAUCAUUUUUGACAUUAGAAAUAUUCGUAUCGAGGGAAGAUUCUUCAAUCUAUCUAUUCUUCAAUCUGUUAUAAACUGUCGCGCACCGACUGAAGUCUCAUCAGACGAGCAGAAUGAUUUCUUCUACGAAGCAUUGGUAAGCACUUUCAGGAAAUGCCCCGAAAAUGAUAACAAGAUCAUUCUUGGUGAUCUUAAAGCUCAAAUUGGUCAAGAAACCAUUUAUCGUCCAACAACAGGAGCCUUCAGUCUACAUGAAAGCACAAAUGAGAAUGGUCUAAGGCUCAUAGCCUUUGCUGCAGCACAAGGUCUAGUCAUUGCCAGCACAUUUUUUCCUGGCAAGAACAUCCACAAAGUCACUUGGAGAUGGCCAAAUAGGGCAGUCCCGAACCAAAUAGACCACAUUUUAAUUAGCUCACGCCACAGAUCUAAUUUUAUUGGAAUUAGAGUUUACGAUUCAGAUGGAAAUCUCCUGACGGAAAAGGGAGAGAUCUUAGAGAGGUGGAGGCAGUACUUUGGAAAAGUUCUUCAUCAAGGCGAUGCAGAUGAGGAAGCCAGCAUCAUCUCCCAGAGCAGCUUUCCACCCGUACACACGAUCUUUGUAAUACGAGUAGUUCUACUCCGUCACUAACUCGG